UGAGUUAACGAUGUGUUCGCACCUUAAAGUAUAGAUAAGAGAGAUAUUAUCUCAGAUUGAGAACAUGUCCAGCGGUUAAGUAAUCCAGUUUCAGCAAAAGAAAGGUUCAUUACAUGACACGUUAAAGCGCUUUUCAGUCGCUCUUACCUACAAAACAGGUUCAAAACAGAGAGCUGUCAUUGUUGGCUGCAAAGCACGUCUCAAAAUGCUUGGGUUGUUUGCCUUAUGCGCAGUUCUUGUGUCAGUGAACAGUCAAGAUGUUGGGAUUAAUUCUGGACGUACUCAAAAACAAACCCUUCGUCCCAGUCAGGGCAAAUCAUGCAACAUAAACAACUACAACAGUUUCUACGCUGGACCAAACAAGAAAGUUGAAAACCUUCUUGUUGACGUAAAGAGGCAGUUAGAAGAUUUACAGAAGCAGGUGGCUCUUUUGAGGAACGACAACAAGACUAAUUUAGAUGGUUAGUGUGACAAAAUUCAUAAUUUUUUUGGCUCAUGGAGAAAUUCACCCGGCAUAACCUGGUCUAUAUCGUUCUUUUGCUUCUUAUUGCUCUACUGGCAUAAUGUUCAAAUACUAUUCUUUACGAUCUGCUUCAAGCCUUAAUGAUUCACCGAUUCGCACUAAAUUUGAGGCUCUCAAUGGGGUGAUGGCUUUUUUGGCUUAAAGUGAAAAGUUUGGUCAAUUUACAGUUAGUAUCUCUCCAUUGUGGUCUCCAGAACAUGUUUUACGGUUAACUCUUUUUACGAUUUACGGUUAAAAUUGGACAAUCUUUACGGCUAACGGCUUAAUUGUUUGUUCGUUUUACGGCUUACGGUUAACCGCAACGAGAUCCUCGAAUCUGGCAAGCGAUUGGAGGCAACUAGAUUGUAAUUUUUGACUUGGCAGCGGGAACAAUUCCCGUUGUCGGCAGUAGCACGUCUUAUUCUUAAUCUGGCUUACGCUCCUAAACAAGCGUGGAAGGGACCCCCCUCCAUCUCCAUCUCCGCCUGAUUUUGAUAUUUUUGUAGGUUUUAAAUCCCAUGUUAAUGUAAUAUAAUCUGGAUUCAUGUUUUUGUUUUUUUCUGUUUUUUCUUUUCAGUAAAUUAAAGAUUUGAGACAAAUUCUCAUGUUUAGUCAACUAAAUCUUCUUGUAUCGUAGGAAACCCCCGAAGCUGUGUGGAGAUUUUUAAAUCUGGACAAAAAAUCAGCGGUGUCUAUUCAGUUGACCCUGAUGGUGCAGGUGCCUUUGAAGUGUACUGUGACCAAACAACAGCCGGUGGUGGAUGGACUGUGUUCCAGAAGAGACAGGAUGGCUCGGUUGAUUUCUACCGCGACUGGGCUGACUAUAAGAAUGGCUUUGGUAACCUGAAUGGGGAGUUUUGGCUUGGACUGGGCAAGGUUAACCGAAUCACAAAUAGUGAGAGGUAUAGGCUUCGAGUGGACAUGGAGGACACUGAAGGAAAAACAGCUUACGCCGAAUACGACAUGUUUUCAGUCACAAGCGAGAAGACGAAGUACCAGCUGAGCAUCGGGACUUAUUCAGGUCAGUUUUCUUUCUUCUUUGUAAUAUCAGGAAUACCAUGAAUUUAAUUUCUGAUGCUUUGAAUUACUCAAAUAACUUUACUUAUAGACGUUUAGCUUACUGAUUUUCAUCGACAUUUAACCACGAGAGAUGGGUAAUAACAACACCCUCCCCACCCACACAUACUCGCACACCCCCGAAUAAAAGCCUCAACAUAUUUUGAAAAUCGAACUCUGAAUUCGGAGAUGUAAAAAAGACAUUGAGCAAUGUUGUUAUUUAAAGCGAGUUUCAAAUUGUUCUGAUUAAGCUGCUGUUUACCUAAUAAGGGCUCUAAAAUCUUCGUUGAAGAAGGCCAACAAUGUACAAAACUCAAGGAAAGAAAAGUUAAGUCUAACGAAAACUCGACUGUUAUGAAAUUUGUUUUUAACAAAAUGCAAAAUAUCUUAAAAUAGGUUUUGGUUAGUCAUCGUGGUAAAUAGCACUUUCAGAUAAGAAAUGCAAAUGACCACAUCGUGGGACAAACGGUUAUGUUUCUCUUUUGAAAAUGUAAAAAGUUGUACUUUAAAAUGCUCAUCUCCUGCACUCGCCUAGCUGUGAAUUCUGGGUGUAUGCUGGUUGCAGGCAUUUUCCGUAUUUCACUUUUCGCAACCUCAUAUUUUUUCUCAGGAUUUUCAAAAACCUGAUAAGUUCCAAUUUCCUUCCUUUUCUUUUCAGUUUAAAAAUUAACUUUUAGCCUGAUUUGUUACUACAGGAGAUGCUGGAGAUUCUUUGAGUGGCCACCGUGAUGCAGCAUUUUCCACCAGAGAUCAAGAUAAUGAUAAUAAUGGAGGCAGCAGCUGUGCUGUGUCUUACAAAGGUGCCUGGUGGUACACAGACUGCCACUCAUCCAACCUAAAUGGGUUUUAUCAUCAUGGAAAGCACUCAUCUUAUGCUGACGGUGUCAACUGGCAAGCUUGGAAGGGUUAUAAGUAUUCCUUGAAACGCGCUGAAAUGAAAAUAAGACCGAGUAGUUUAUAGUGGAAACUGCUGCUGUGAUCUUGAUAAGUUGUUUGUAACGUGAUCAUAAAUGGAUAUCUGAAUGGUUUUUUUACAAUAAAAUUGCUAUCAAAUAAGAUUAGAGCUAUUUCAAUUGAGAGUCGAAAGUAAUAUGAAGUUUGCAUUGGUUUUGCUUUACUUUGCUCUUCUCAUUGAUUUUAAGGAUGUUUUCUUACGCUAGUCGCUAUCUAUUGUAUGUUUGGUUGUGAGAAAAAUAAUAAAACCUGAACCUGUC